GUACCUGGGGAUGGUUAGACGUUUUCUGACGAGUCUACUGCAAAUGAAGGCUAUAAUAAUGUGUAAUUAUAUUGCAAUAUAGAGGUUAUAUGUUGACCGUGUCGGCGCGUGAGGACAUCAGUGUUCGGUUUAGUGGUAGGGAAUCCAGUCUACCUGUCUCAGCUCUGAUUGCGACAGGAUGUCUAGCCAUAGCCAUGGAGUGGUAGCCGGGAGGAACCAAGCGUUGUACGACCUGAAACUUGACACUCCCGCGGUACUGGCCGAGAGCGAAGAAGUGAAGAAGGUAUAUACAGAAUCCGGUACAAAAGGCCACCUUCCUGCCAACAGAACCAACGUCCUCUUCCUGGGCGACAAACGAGCAGGGAAAACCAGUCUCAAACGGCACCUGUCGGACAGCGGCUUCGACCCGGAAGAGUCCAGGACGGUCGGCAUAGAGCGUGAGCUGGUACAAGCGGACGAGGUGGAUGAAGACUGGGCAGAGGUGAAAGAAACGGAACACAACGAAUUCCAACAGGGAUCCGCCUUGUACACCGCCAUACAUGUCAAUGAGGAGUAUACAUCUCCACAAACUUCUGUAGACAACACUGAAACCGAGCAAAGUGAUCAAUUGCAAAGAGCUAGUGAUGAGAAUGGGAACGGUGCACGCGAGACAGAGCUCUCUUCAACUUCAAAAUGGCCGUUCUACGUUAGAUUAGUUAUUGCCAUAUUCCUUCCCUUUUCUUUGGCUUCUCUGGAAAUCUUUGAAAGGUUCGGUCCCCUUCUGCUGAUGUUCGUUCUCUUGCUCUGGAUUAUCUUAUUCCAACAGGUUCACUUUAGGGGAUUCUCUAUAGGUACGGGGGCUGCCAUUGUAGCCAUAUUCACCAAGUAUUUUCACACACAUGUGCCUUUGCCCGAUUCAAGUAUUGGUGUUGCUUUCGUCAGCUUGCUCGCUGCUGCAUGGUUCGUAUUGCUCGGAGCUUGUUUAGGCUUGGGGGUGGGUAUAGGAAUGGGGUUGGCGUUGUGCUGUAUGCAAAUGUCCACAGUAGAUGCACUUAAAUUCAGGCCAGCGUUGUAUGAGUCAAUCUUUGAGUCCCUUUGCAUCAUUGUAGGGGUUUUGCUUUCGUCACGAUUGAAAUCACUACUAGUUAUCAAGAUGAUUGCUUUCGCCCUGCCCAUUGCAGGAAUUCUGUUAAGUGGCCAACUGUCGUUAAGUCUUGCAACUAUGGGAAUAUCUGGAUUGACAAUCGGCAUUUUUCUUGUCAUGGGUUUGGAUCUAGAACGCCAUGUGGCAAGUAGGUUUUACUCAAAGUACAAAAACAAAGUACUUGUUGACGUGCUUGGCUUUCUCAUGGCAAUACUGUUUGGCAGGUCGAUCGGUUUGAAUUUCGUCUUUGACUUUGUCAACGUCUUCUUCACUCUCGUACAUCUGGGACUUAUAAUCUACUUCGAGGCAGAAUUCAGAAGAAUGAGGCAGACGAAAUAUCCUUAUAGGCUCGUUGGGAAGAAUAUCUCUCAGUUCAAGUCUAAGGAAGAUCUACCUAAGAAAAUGCUGCUGUUGGAUUUUGCGGGAGAUCGUCUGUACUAUGCCACUCAUCCCCUUUUCAUUUCCAGUCACGCAAUUUUUUUGGUUGUGUUCAGUCUUGCUAAGUUUGCACAAGAUGAAACUUACCACAUGCGGCGACUGAUAUUCUGGCUACACUCAAUCGCUGCACAUGCGAAAAACCCCGAGUGCAAAGUGUUUCUUGUAGGUACCCACAGAGAUCUUGUGCAACGCAAAAGGAGAAAACAGAUCACAAAAAUUAUAACAAAGAAAAUUGGUCAGUAUCCUCGCCUUCUUGGUAUGAUCGUGUUGAACAUGGUUGAUCCGUCGGACAACAGUACACACCACACGUUUGUGUUUUGUGUCGACAAUUCUGCACAAAUUUAUGAUGAUUCGGAGGGACUCCGCCUUCGGGAAACAUUGGUGAACGAAGUCAACAAAGCCGAGCACGUCAAACAUGAAAUUCCCCUCAGAUGGUUAAAAUUCUACGACCUUACCAACAGAAGAAAAAGACGCAGGGGUGGGAAGGACUACCCCAAGAACUGCACUUCUUCCACGCAGGCAGUCUGGGACAUGGUACAAAAAGAGAGUAUAUUCAAGCCAGACGAAAAAGAAGACUUUGAUCAGAUGCUAGAUUUCUAUAACCGAGUCGGGGAAAUCAAGCUGAUGGAAACGUUCGUGGUUUUUGACCCACAACUUGUCGUUGACCUGCUGACCAACCUGCUCCAGAUGACAGUUGAACAUGGCGCCAUGGUGCCUUUGAAGCUCAUGGAAAAACUGUGUAAGAAAAUCAACGCCCCUUUCGAAGAAGUGAUCACCAUUCUCAGGAAGUAUGACCUUGUUUGCCCUCUCUUGAACUCACCAGGACAAGAUGACACGACCACAGCUCAGUACUACAUUAUUCCACUUAAUCUUAAACGUCUCGACAAAAAACGCCAAGCUCUGGAGCCUGAGGAUGACGUCAUAAGCUCGGAUCCAGAAACAGAUGACAGAGCGUGGCUGCCAUUUUGGCAGAACAGGUCAACAGAUGUCAGCUUCUUCUUCAAUUUCAGAGAGUUCAACCCGGAUGCCGUAUUCGUCCGCCUGCUGGCCAGGUGUCUGUACGUUUCGCAGCGAUCUCACGACAUGUCCAACAGACGACACGUGUACAGCGAUGCAGGGAGGUUCUACCAGUCCAACGACUUCUACUACAAGAUCGAGCUGUGCUGCCCUGCGGAUGCACAGAACCUGAUACAGGUCACCGUGGGGAGAGCGCCAGAGUCCGGCGUUCGGGAUCUCCUGUGCCGCAUCGACUGUGACAUCAAGGACAUCUGUGGUAGAGACUUUCCCUACGUGAGCUAUACGUUUGGAAUACGGUGUGAGGCAUGCCGUCCAGAUGAUCAACCCUCAGCCCAGAUAAAGCAUCCCCGGCACAUACUGAACAUCUCAACACACGAGGAAGACUUCCCAUCAGAUGACACAGUAAGACUGUUGUGUGAGAGACAGGUGCACGAAGUUAAUUUUCGACGCUGGCCGGACAUCAUCCGGGUGAUAGAAGACAGCACAUCGGUCAGUCAGUCAGACAUCGAACGUGGCCGCAGUAUUGAAAUGACGGAGGCACACUGCAAACUUCUCACCAAGAACCGUCUUCAGCUAGUGCGCAACGUCACCCCAGAUGACGUCAUCGACCACCUCAUCCAAGAUGGCGUCAUGAGUGAGAAAUACGCUGAGGAGUUACGUCAUCAGCCGACGACCCGCGGACGUGCCGGGAUGGUGUUGGACCACCUCCCCCGCAGGGGUGACGCAGCAUUUUACUCCUUCAAACGUGCCCUUCAGAAGACAAACCAAAAACAUGUAGCCAAGCUUCUGGAGGAAUAAGAGCGUUGAUCUACUAAAUAUAAACCUCAAACCAGAGGCCUAAAAACCUUGCACAAAUCAAGUAAGAAAUUGGACAUUUCAGACUUUUGGGAAGUGUUUUGGGCUUUUAUUACAUUCAACUUGAAUGGAUAUAACGUUACACAUCAUUUAGUGUUACUCAACCCGUUAAAAUUCAUUGGUUUUCGCCCACCAUUUGGGAUUAGUAACCUCAAAAUAUCACGUUACACAUUCGAUGCAGUUAUAAAGUUGGUACUGAUAUAUAUGUAACGUUAUAUAUAAUCAUAUUUGUAUAUAAUAAUAAUUGGUAUGUCAUGGCCGACUAGUCUUGCAUAUUGGCUCAUUCGGCUAAUAAAACAAAAGCGGACACAAAACGUCGUAACCUCGGAAUUCCUGUGGUGAAACAUUUCUGGUUAAGCCAUAUAUGUCGUCACAACCAUUUUCGAGCAAAAAUCCAAAAUUCUCUCAAGAACAAAUGUGGGAAAAUACACAGCUUA